AUGGCGGCGCCGGCUGCGGGGCCGGUGUUCUGGAGGCGGCUCCUGGGCCUGCUGCCUGGUCGGCCCGGGCUGGCCGCGCUCCUGGGCCGCCUCUCCGACCGCCUGGGCAGGAACCGGGAGCGCCGGCGCCGGAGGUCUCCAUGGCUGUUACUGGCUCCCUUGCUGUCCCCAGCUGUCCCCCAGGUCACCUCCCCACCUUGUUGCCUCUGCCCCGAGAGCGUGCACAGAUUCCAGUGGAUUAGAAACCUGGUCCCAGAGUUCGGAGUCUCCAGCUCUCAUGUCAGGGUGCUUUCCUCUCCUGCUGAGUUCUUUGAGCUCAUGAAGGGACAGAUAAAAGUAGCCAAGAGGCGGGUCGUGAUGGCAUCCCUCUACCUGGGGACUGGUCCUUUGGAACAGGAGCUGGUGGAUUGCCUGGAAGAGUCACUGCAGGCAAAGUUGUCUUCUGACCUGAAGGUCUCCAUUCUCCUAGACUUUACGCGGGGCUCAAGAGGCAGGAAGAACUCUCGUACUAUGCUGCUCCCACUCCUGCGCAGGUUCCCAGAACAUGUGCGUGUCUCUCUCUUCCACACACCAAACCUUCGAGGGCUCCUCCGCCUCCUUCUCCCUGAGCGCUUCAACGAGACCAUAGGCCUCCAGCACAUCAAGGUGUACCUCUUCGACGACAACGUCAUCCUGAGUGGUGCAAACCUGAGCGACUCCUACUUCACCAACCGCCAGGACCGCUACGUGUUCUUGCAGGACUGUGCUGACAUUGCAGACUUCUUCACAGAGCUGGUGGAUGCAGUGGGGGAUGUGUCCCUGCAGCUGCAGGGGGAUGACACAGUGCAGGUGGUAGAUGGAAUGGUGCAUCCUUACAAAGGUGACCGGGCUGCAUACUGCAAAGCAGCCAAUAAGCGGGUCAUGGAUGUUAUCCACUCGGCCAGGACCCGCCAGCAGAUGCUGCAUGCACAGACCUUCCAUGGUGACUCCCUGCUGAGCCAGGAAGAGGCAGCGGCGGCUGGUGACCGGAGGCCAGCACCCGAUACCUGGAUUUACCCAUUGAUCCAGAUGAAGCCAUUUGAGAUCCAGAUAGAUGAGAUAGUCACUGAGACUCUGCUGACUGAGGCUGAACGAGGCUCUAAGGUCUUCCUCACUACUGGCUACUUCAACUUGACCCAGGCCUACAUGGACCUGGUCUUAGGCACUCGGGCUGAGUACCAGAUCCUACUGGCCUCCCCUGAGGUAAAUGGCUUCUUCGGGGCCAAAGGCAUAGCUGGGGCCAUCCCAGCGGCCUAUGUUCACAUUGAGAGGCAAUUCUACAGUGAGGUGUGUAGCCUGGGUCAGCAGGAGCGUGUCCAGCUACAGGAAUAUUGGCGCAGGGGCUGGACCUUUCAUGCCAAAGGCCUCUGGCUCUACCUGGCAGGGAGCAGCCUGCCCUGUCUCACGCUGAUUGGCUCUCCUAAUUUUGGGUACAGGUCAGUUCACCGGGACCUGGAGGCCCAGAUCGCCAUCGUGACAGAGAGCCGUGCCCUGCAGCAGCAGCUCCAUCAGGAACAGGAGCAGCUGUACCUGAGGUCGGGUGUGGUGUCCUCAGCCACCUUUGAGCAGCCUGGCCGGCAUGUGAAGCUGUGGGUUAAGAUGGUGACUCCACUGAUCAAGAACUUCUUCUGAGGACAGGCAGGAACGGCCUUGAUGAAGAUGACGGGCAUGACUGGUGUCAGAUCCUUCAGCCGUGCUUCAGCAAUGACUCCAGUCUGGGUGUCCCAGCGAGCUCCUGUGGAAACAGUGUGGCCGAGGGUCAGGGCAGCCCUGGUGAGGCAGAGUCCUGGCUGGAGUGCUGGCACAAGAGGGGAGGCGCUGGCAGAGAGGCCUGCCUCACACCUCCCCAACCUUUGCAGGGACACACCACUGUCCUGGGACCCCUGAAGAGUUCAGGCCUGGUGUCGGAGGCUGAAAGUGCCAAACCUAGAGUUAUGAACUGAGGGCUUGGCAGGUGACUGUGCAUGUUGUAACGGGCCUAUGUAUCGCUGUGCUCUGAGGAACACCACUGCAGCUCUGGGGCCACAUCUGCAGAGCUGUUCAGUGUUCAGUGGCAGGAGCUGUAACUGCCGCUGAAAGUUACAGCGAAAUUCCCCAAGUCCGUCAUGUGCAGUGUCUGUCCUGUAUGUACAUAGGAUAUAAAUAAUUAUGUAUGCCUAUAUAAACACUGUCUGCCUUCAACCAGACUGCUGUCAUCAUCUCCUCAUCCUGCUUCAUCCUGUCUGGCAUUCCAAAAUAAACCUGGAGAAUGGC